AUGUAUAGAGAGAGAGAGAGAGAGAAAGAGAAAGAAAUAGAGAGAAAGACUCUUCGGUCUGCUUUUGGUGGAGGUCUGGGGACACCUUGUCCCCACCUGUUCGUCGGCUCUGGCUGCGAGUCCCGCCGUGGCCAAGCCCCUGAGCCUCGGCUUCCAAAGCGUUCUGUCCACGAGGAAUCGAUUGGGCCUAGUUUGAAGGCGCCGCUGUCGCAGGGCCGAGCCAGUUCAUCGGCCGCAGGUGCCGGUGAAGCAGUUCAGUCCGACAUCGGCCUCCGCCACUUUAUGGGUCGCAACUUUUACGACAUCCUCAACGUGUCCAGGAAUGCCAGCAAAGAGGAAAUACGUAAAGCCUACCGACAAAUGGCUCUGAAAUACCAUCCGGACAAGAACAAGUCGCCCCAGGCGACCAACAUGUUUCGGGAGAUAGCCGUCGCUUAUGAGGUGAGCUUCUGCCUUGGUUUGCCUCGUUUUCAUGCCUCUCUGUCAGGCCGACUCCUGCGAAACCUCGAGCCCGGAGUCGGAGGUCGCCUCCAGUCCGGGUAUGAUAAGCUUUUGGAAGACAAGGAAAAGUAA